GGCGCCUCUGGAAGAGAAAACAAGGAAAGAUCUCUAGCACGCAUUGUUAUUAUGCAUUUAUUACAAAGAUUCACAAGGAAAACCGCAAUGCUUAAUCCUCUCUCUCCUUCAAGAAAUCGAAAUCGAUAUCAAAAUGGGUUUGAUCUCUCCCCUCUCCCUCUCCUUCCUCUUCUGCUUCAUCUUCACCACCCAUGUCCGCUCCUUCGACCCAACUCGAGUCACCCAACUCUCAUGGAGACCAAGGGCUUUUCUGUACAAGGGCUUUCUCUCUCAUGAAGAGUGUGACCAUCUCAUUUCACUGGCCAGAGAUAAGCUAGAGAAAUCGACUGUGAUCUGGAAAGAGUGUGAUGGUGAGGUCAGGACGAGCUCUGGAAUGUUUCUUAGCACACAUCAGGAUGAAAUUGUCACAAGAAUUGAGCAAAGAAUUGCAUCUUGGACCUUUCUUCCAGAAGAAAAUGGUGAAGCCAUCCAAGUCCUACGAUACGAGAUUGGUCAAAAGUAUGAGCCCCAUUUCGAUUAUUUUGUUGACAAAGUUAAUAUUGCACGUGGAGGUCAUCGAUUCGCUACAGUACUUAUGUACCUAUCAAAUGUUGAGAAGGGUGGGGAGACUGUUUUUCCAAUUGCAGAGGGGGCACUUACGCAACAGAAAAAUGAAUCUUGGUCAGACUGCGCAAAAAAGGGAUAUGCAGUGAAACCUGACAAGGGCGACGCGUUACUAUUCUUUAGUCUUCAUAUUAAUGCGACAACAGAUCCAUUAAGUUUGCACGGAAGCUGCCCAGUGAUAGUUGGCGAAAAAUGGUCCGCAACAAAGUGGAUCCACGUUGGAUCCUAUACACGUCCAACCCGCGUUGGCAAUGGAGAAUGUGCUGAUGAGAAUUUGUUAUGCCCUCAAUGGGCAGCUGCAGGUGAAUGCCAAAAAAAUCCUCUUUAUAUGGUAGGCUCCAAAACCUUCCCAGGUUUUUGCCGAAAGAGUUGCAGGAUGUGUUCGUAGAAAAUAAAAAUUUGUGUUCAAUCUUCAUACACAUACCCUUAAUAUUUCUAAUGUUUAGCUAAAUGAUCAAC